CCAGGACCGGGCUAUCAUUACGCACCCGUACAGUAUGCUGGCCAUCGACCUGUUCCCCCUCCUCCACCGAAUGUCGCUCCGGUGGCACAUCAAAUGUUUCAUAAUGCCGCUCGUCUAGCACGACAUCUGCCUCAGCGUACGGAUACCCCAAUUACCGAUGGUGGUCCGCCGUCUUCGGAUCCACCGUCGUCUGGCACGGUUCCAUCUUCCUCAAGCCCACCAACGCCGCAAGAUCACAGUACCAGCCAAGUAGCAGUGGACCCGAUCUUUGUCGAGCCUGCCUUGGUGGACUUACAAGAGUCUUCGAGCGAGCCGGUCUUGGCCCAUCAAUACCUGCGUUACGCAGAAGGUCUUGAGAAGGAUGUUGAUGAUUCUGAGAUCGAGGUUGCUCAUCCAUCCGUCCCACCAUCCGGGUUCGUUCAGCGUGUCAAGGCCAUGCUGGAAUCGAAGGCCACGGCCGAAGCAGCUGCAUCCCAUGAGUUUGAGCGGGAGAAAGUGAGCCCCGUACCACCUGCUGAUGAGGAGAUGGCCAUCGUACAAUAUGGAAACAAUGUCGACGACUUUGGAGUGCAUGAACUCGCUGCAAACGAGGCAGCACGCUUCACCAUCAUCGAGGAGUACGAGGCACCGGUGGAACUGCCAGCGUCUCCCGUCAGACUGGCCGAACUCCCAGCUUCGCCUGUUCAGCCGAGACGCCGUAUCACUCGAGAAAUGGUGAAGGCUGAGCUCGCUCCUUCGAGCCUCGACAAUACCAUGCUGCAGACAGACAGCGGCGACAGCACCAGUAUUGAUUUCGUGCUUGGCUCCACUCCCCGUCACAGCGUGGCCAGCGGCAAGGACCAACCAUCCACGCCAGCCAAUGUCAUCCCAAAGAAGAGCGUCGAUGCAGCUUCAGCGAGCACAGCUUCUCCGAUCGCUAUUGAAGUCUCGACUGUGGAUUAUGCAACACGUCUCGACGACACAGCAAGUUCGGAUGAGACGCACUCCAAGGACCCUUUCAUCCUCGAUGCGGAUACCAUCACCCUUCAGCAUCAGAGAAGCAAGGAGAGAGUCAACAAGGCCGGGCAGCUGUUUGAACAAGACGAGGCACGGUCUGCCCAAGAUCCAGUCAGUUCGAUGUUGACGGGCGAAGACGUCAGUCGUUACUCCGCCGUCAGUCCCAUGCACACGCAGACGCUGGGUAUCGAUGAGACUAUCCGUACAGCCCCAGACAAUACGGCCAACGAUUCUACUUUUGCCGACGAGCUCGACCGCACCGUGCCAGGGCCUUAUCCAGAGGAGACGCAGCCCGCGAGUACCCCGAAAACACCAAAGACCUACUCAAAGUCUGUACAGCUGCAGCCGACAACGGCACUCACAGAUGCGAGUACUCCCACCAGCAGCCGUUUGUCGCUGCCACCUGACCUCAGCUCGUAUGCGGACAGCAGUAUGAACGACACUUCGGAGUUAGUCACCGAUGUAGCCGUACGCUUCUCACUUCCCCAGACGACAAUCACCGUCAACAAGCCUCAGAUUAUCGAAAUCCCACCCAGCAGCUCACCGGUUCACGAAAUGACAUUGGCACAACUGGCAAAACCUACGGUAUAUGCUUCCACGUCGAGAGCCAAGCGAGGCCUGGUGACUUUUGCGGAUGAGAUUGCUCCGUUGAACAUCACCAAGCCAGCACACCACAAGCCUACCGAGCCACAGGUCGUUCGCAAGUCCAUCAUCCGCCGUGUAUCUCCACUUCAUGACUUUGCCGACGCCUCUCGCGCUUCUCGUGAGAGCACAACGGACCUGCGCUUCACUAGCAUCAAUCCCAUGAACAAUCGUUUUGGAAACACCCACCUACCCCGACUCAAGGAAGAGUCUAUCGAAGAUGCCAGCAUCUCUGACAGACACAAAUCAGAUGGCAGCAUCGGCUUUCAGUUUCCACUGCCCGCUCGCAUUGCAGCCGUCAAGGCCAUGCAGGAGCGACGCUUACAGGAGUCUGCUGAGAAUGCUAGGACUCGCCGUGGUCAUCGCUUUCCCAAUCGGCCGCUCUCGGAGACGCGAGAUCUGCCGUCAUUGAACUUCAGUCGGAUGGACCUCAUUGACAAACUCAACGAGGCCCUCGAAGUGCGCUCGAGCAAGUCCAUGGAACUGCUUCGUCGCCGUGACUUCUCUGCCAUCUACGCCCCGUCCCCGCAGCGUCCUCAGAGUACUGAGCCACUUCGAGAGCGGUAUAUGAGCUUCUUCAGCAAGCCUGAGGACUUUUCAAGCUUCUUCCUUGAUCAAGAUGGAAGUGAGGACGGAGCUGAUGAGCACGACGAAGUCAAGCCUGAUCAGCUUCCGAAUGCAGAGGUUCAGCCGAGUACUGAGGUUGGAGCGGCCACAGACGGCAACCGUCCAUUGUCUCCCGAGGAUUUCCUUAGCUUUGCCAACCAGGUUAAACGCCUUUCCAUACCGUCGGUAACUGGGCUUUCUGAUCGUCUCUCGGAGAUGCUGCCGAACUUGCGGGACUUACAGCUCGACAGCGUUCUCGCCAACUUCUCAGAGGUCACCGAGGCCAUGCGUGAUGGUGUUCGUCCGGGGACGAUAUUAUCCACACGCACCUCGGCGGGCUUUCGCACUUUGGCUGAACGUGCUGAAGAGAUUGUCAAGAAUGGGACUCAUGACUCUACUUUGCCGGUGUCCAGGCUGCUCAGCACUCAUGGGGUGCUACCGGAUGGCAUGUCAGCGGACAAAAUCUCUGCCAUCAAUUCGAUCGAUGGGAGGUUGUCGGCUUUGACUGGUUCGGUAUCGGCACCAUCGGAGCUGGGCAAGGAUGUGACUCGUCCAGCAUCAGCCCUCACUCGGGCACGAGGUCCAGCGAACGAAGAAGAAGUCCAGGCGCUUUUGCCGCCCGAGAUGAAUCCAAUCACGCGCAGCGCCAAACGAGCAUUGCUGGUGUCAUCCAGCAGCAGUCGACCGUGGAACCAGGACGAAAACUAUCCUUGGGCUGGAACAAAGAUCGAUGUCGAUCUGAUGGUUCCAUCCCAGGCCCACACGCGCUCUUCCAUGGCCAGCGAGAUUCUGCGCAAACGCAAGACCAAAUCGUUGGAGAUUGGCAGCACUGGGGAUGUGAGUAGCAUCACCAAGGGCAUCGAUAUCGGCUCGCUCUACGAGCACAACGCCACGGCAUCCCUAAACAGCGAGCAGCUUACGGGUGUCAGCUCUCCGCAUCACGAUGGUCACGGCAAAUCCUCCAAACGCUCCGUCAUGGGCUCGCUGACGCAUAAACUCGGGCUGGGAAGCAAAUGCGACGGCAACACCACCAUCCGCAGCAUCCCCACGCCAUCUGACAUCGUCAGAAGCGGCAGUACGGUCCCUCACCGUCCCGGCGAACGCUAUCCUACCAGCGGCCUCACUCCGCCCGCCGGCUUCAAUCUCGAUGAGGUGCGCUCCUUCUUCUCCGACGACAGCUCCGAGCGCGAACGCAAUGCCUCUUUCCGCAAACGACUGACGAAACUCAAGGGCAAGAAGAGCGCUGUUCGUCUGGAUGGAUGUGGCGGCGGGAUGGCGCGUCGACACUCCCAUCGCCGCUCUUUGGACGAUGAUACGGCGUACGAUGCGGGGUUGAUGAGUGUUGAACGUGCCGGCGCCACCAGCUCUGCUCUCACGAUUGAUGGGGUGGGGAUGGGCAAGACGGAGUUCCGCAUCAAGCGGUUUGGAGAGAAGAUUCGCAGUCUGAUGGCCAAGGGGGGCGAGCUGAUUCGGAGCUUGAGUCAGCGGUCAUCCAAGGUGGUUGGGCAUGGCAGAGGGGAGGGUGGGAAUGGAGGUGGUGCGACGAGGGCGGUGAGGGAUGACUGGUUGUCGGAUUCGUUGUACUCGGGGGUUUGAAGGGGAUGUAUGGGGCGUAAGAGAGCAUGCUCUGAUGGCAUGUUACGAAGGCAGGGGUCUUGGUGGCGAUGAGGUGUUAAUGCUUGGAAGAUGGAGGGAGAGGAGAAGCAUGCUCGCAUAAUGACACAGAUACCGCAUGUAUGAUGCUACAUUGUCCAUCUCA